UUGAGCAACAGCAGAGCUGCACACGAGGCGAAUCUCUCCAUUUCUCUCAAAAGAAACAUUCAACUGAAUCCAGCAGCUUUUUCUCAACAACAGCAGAAUCUCUGCAAACACUGAGUGCCAACAUGUCUGCUGCCAGCAGUCUGCUGACUGACGAUCAGAUUCUGUGCUCCAUCUCUCUGGAUGUGUUCACUGAUCCAGUCACCAUACCAUGUGGACACAACUUCUGUAAAGCCUGCAUCACUGAUCACUGGGAUAUUGAUGCUCCCUAUCAGUGUCCCAACUGUAGAAAAGGUUUCAACAUGAAACCUGAGCUGCAGGUCAACACUUUGAUCUCUGAGAUGGCUGCUAAGUUCAGACGGUCAACUCAACCGAUACCAGAAGAAGUUCCCCGUGACGUCUACUCAGGAUCCAAACUGAAGACCUGGAUGUUCUGGUGUGUCCUGCUGUGUCUGAUGGGGGUCUUCAUGGCCUGGAUGCUCAUCGAGACGAUCAAGAAGACAGAGAAACUGGCUGAAGACUUCAGAGAGCUGAAACAGGAAAUCUCUGAGCUGAAGAAGAGAAGCACUGAGGUGGAGCAGCGCUGUGUGGCUGAGCAGGAGAAACUCAGGAAAGAGAAGAACCUGCUCAUCGAGACGAUCAAAGAGAAAGAGAAAGCGGAGAAACAGGCUGAAGGCUUCCUCAAAGAGCUGAAACAGGAAAUCUCUGAGCUGAAGAGGAGAAACACUGAGGUGGAGCAGCUCUAUGUGGCUGAGCAGGAGAAACUCAGGAAAGAGAAGAACCUGCUCAUCGAGACAAUCAAAGAGAAAGAAAAAAAGGAGAAACAGGCUGAAGGCUUCAUCAAAGAUCUGAAACAGGAAAUCUCUGAGCUGAAGAGGAGAAACACUGAGGUGGAGCAGCUCUAUGUGGCUGAGCAGGAGAAACUCAGGAAAGAGAAGAACCUGCUCAUCGAGACGAUCAAAGAGAAAGAGAAAGCGGAGAAACAGGCUGAAGGCUUCAUCAAAGAUCUGAAACAGGAAAUCUCUGAGCUGAAGAAGAAAACUGAGAUGGACCAGUUCCUCAGUUUUUUUAUAUUGCUAUUAAGCGCUCUCGCAUUUAUUUUUUUUUGUGUUUCCAAAAACAUCACUCUUCAAAAUCUUUCUUUUAUAGUAACUGUAGGAAAUCACCCCUAUAUGUCUGCUGCCAGCAGUCUGCUGACUGAAGAUCAGAUUCUGUGCUCCAUCUGUCUGGAUGUGUUCACUGAUCCAGUCACCAUACCAUGUGGACACAACUUCUGUAAAGCCUGCAUCACUGAUCACUGGGAUAUUGAUCUUCCCUAUCAGUGUCCCAACUGUAAAAAUGAUUUUAGCAUGAACCCUAAGCUACAUGUCAACACUUUGGUCACUGAGAUGGCUGCUAAGUUCAGACAGAGUCUUUCGAGAGAAGCCGGGCCGAGCUCAUCGAGACGAUCAAAGAAAAAACAGACAACAACAGAGAAACUGGCUGAAGGCUUCGUCAAAGAUCUGAAACAGGAAAUCUCUGAGCUGAAGAAGAGGAACACUGAGGUGGAGCAGCUCUAUGUGGCUCAGCAGAAGAAACUCAGUAAACUAAUCAUUAAACUGCUCCCUGAGUCUGAUCUGAUGAGGGUCCAGCAGUAUGAAGUGGAUGUGACUCUUGAUCCUGAUACAGCAUAUCCCUGGCUCAUCCUGUCUGAUGAUGGAAAACAAGUUAAACCUGGUGAUGUGAGGAAGAAUCUCCCAGACAAUCCAGAGAGAUUUGAUUAUAUUGAUUCUGUCUUAGCAAAGCAGAGUUUCUCUUCAGGAAGAUUUUAUUACGAGGUUCAGGUUAAAAGGAAGACUUAUUGGACUUUAGGAGUGGCCAGAGAGUCAGUCAACAGGAAGGGAGAAAUCACACUGACUCCUCAGAAUGGUUACUGGACGAUAGAAUUGAUGGAUGGUGAUUCGUACUACGCUCUUGCUGGCCCUACAGUCCUUCUCUCUCUGAAGUCUCGGCCUCAGAAGGUGGGGGUGUUUGUGGAUUAUGAGGAGGGUCUGGUCUCCUUUUAUGACGUUGAUGCUGAAGCUCUUAUCUACUCCUUUACUGGCUGCUCCUUCACUGAGAAACUCUACCCAUUCUUCAAUAUAUUUGAUACAAAUGAUGAUGGUAAAAACUCUGCCCCUCUGAUCAUCUCUCCUGUCAGUCACUGA